GAGAGAUAGCCUAGCACAGCUACAGAUCAGCGCAGUGCCACACCUAGUCCCCCCCUGCGUCCCGCAAAACACCCCCUUCAUUUCUACUUUGUCCCAAAGUGAGCUGCCAUGGCUUCAGUGCGCUUCACCGUGACGCCCACCAAGGCGGAGGACCUCCCGGGGCUGUCCGACACGUCGCCCGACAUCAGCUCGCGCUCGGGCGCCCGCGUGCGCUUCGGUUCCAGGGAGAGCGUCAAUCGGAGUGACCCGCUCAGCGAGGCGUCAGGAGGAGGAGGAGGGGCCGACACGCCUGAACACAGCAGCAUAGAGCAAGGUGAUGGGAAUUCCAAAAUCUCCAGCGUGUACAUCAACAACACUCACGGCGUGGACGACGAUGACUUCUACGACAGAAACCUGGCCUUAUUCGAGGAGGAGAUGGACACUCGGCCGAAGGUGUCCUCUCUGCUCAACCGCCUGGCCAACUACACCAACCUGACUCAGGGGGCGAAGGAACACGAGGAGGCCGAGAGCAUCGGGGAGAAGAAGAAAGCAGGAAAGUCGCCUCAGAUGGGGACGUUUAUGGGCGUUUACCUGCCGUGCCUCCAGAACAUCUUCGGCGUCAUCCUCUUCCUGAGGUUGACCUGGGUGGUGGGGAUGGCGGGGGUGCUGCAGGGCCUCGUCAUCGUCUUCAUGUGCUGCUGCUGUACGAUGCUGACCGCCAUAUCCAUGAGUGCAAUCGCCACUAACGGAGUUGUACCAGCGGGCGGCGCCUACUUCAUGAUCAGUCGCUCUCUCGGUCCGGAGUUUGGUGGGGCAGUGGGCCUGUGUUUCUACUUGGGCACCACCUUCGCUGGAGCCAUGUACAUCCUGGGAGCCAUCGAGAUCCUCCUGAUGUACAUUGCACCUAAGGCGGCCAUAUUUGAGUCCAAACAUCCCGAGGGCGAGGGGGCGGCCAUGUUGAACAACAUGCGCGUCUACGGCUCCAUCUGCCUCCUCCUCAUGUCCCUGCUGGUCUUCGUCGGCGUCAAGUACGUCAACAAGCUGGCCUCCAUCUUCCUGGCCUGCGUCAUCGUCUCCAUCGUGUCCAUCUACAUCGGAGCGCUGGUCUCCGCCUUCAAACCUCCCGAUUUCCACGUGUGCGUGCUGGGAAACAGAACAAUCAACGGCCACGAAAUCUUAGAUAGCCAAUGUGCGAAGAAGUUCCUGACGCAGCUCGGCGAGCAGGCGGAAGGAGAGGCAGAAAACUACACAAUGAUUAACGAUAACGGUACGAUGGGCCCGACCUUUGACCCCAGCCUGGCCCCCCCGCCUGCAGAGAAGACCACGUAUCUCUGGAAGCAGUUCUGCGAGGGCUCGGAGCUCAACGCCUCCUGCGACAAAUACUUCACAUCCAACAACUUCACAAAGAUCUUAGGAAUCCCCGGGCUGGCCAGCGGGGUUAUUUCAGAGAACCUGUGGAGCUCCUACCUCAGCAAAGGCGACGUGGUGGAGAAGGUCUCCCUCGACUCGUCUAACGGCGCUCACCCGGCCUCCACCCAUCAGCCUUAUGUGUUCGCUGACAUCACUACCUCCUUCACCCUGCUGGUGGGCAUCUUCUUCCCCUCCGUCACAGGAAUCAUGGCCGGUUCAAACCGCUCAGGCGAUCUGAAAGACGCCCAGCGCUCCAUCCCAAUAGGAACCAUCCUCGCCAUCCUCACCACCACCCUCGUCUACCUGAGCAGUGUCGUCCUGUUCGGCGCGUGCAUCGACGGGGUCGUCCUCAGAGACAAGUUUGGAGACUCGGUCAAAGGGAACCUGGUGGUGGGGACUCUGGCCUGGCCCUCUCCCUGGGUCAUCGUGAUCGGCUCUUUCUUCUCGACGUGCGGCGCAGGUCUUCAGUCCCUGACGGGCGCUCCCCGACUCCUGCAGGCCAUCGCCAAGGACAACAUCAUCCCCUUCCUCCGGGUGUUCGGUCACGGGAAGGCGAACGGGGAGCCGACCUGGGCGCUGCUGCUGACGGCUCUGAUCGCAGAGCUGGGGAUCCUCAUCGCCUCUCUGGACCUGGUGGCUCCGAUUCUAACAAUGUUCUUCCUCAUGUGCUACCUGUUUGUGAACCUCGCCUGUGGCCUCCAGACUCUCCUGAGGACGCCCAACUGGAGGCCCCGCUUCUCCUAUUAUCACUGGACCUUGUCGUUUUUGGGGAUGACUAUCUGCCUGGCGCUCAUGUUCAUAUCCUCCUGGUACUACGCCAUCGUUGCCAUGGUGAUCGCAGGCAUGAUCUACAAGUACAUUGAGUACCACGGCGCAGAGAAGGAGUGGGGGGAUGGGAUCCGGGGUCUCUCGCUCAGCGCGGCCCGUUACGCCCUCCUGAGGCUGGAGGAGGGACCGCCGCACACCAAAAACUGGAGGCCCCAGGUGCUGGUCUUACUCAAACUGGACGAGGACGCCCACGUCAAGUCUCCCCGCCUGCUGACGUUCGCCAGCCAGCUGAAGGCGGGGAAGGGCCUGACCAUCGUCGGCACAGUCGUCUCGGGAAACUUCCUGCAGAGCUACGGGGAGGCGCUCGCUGCUGAACAGACUCUGAAGCACCUGAUGGAUAAGGAGCGGGUGAAGGGCUUCGUUCAGUGCAUCGUGGCCCAGAAGCCGCGAGAAGGCAUCAGUCACAUGAUCCAGUCGAGCGGGCUCGGGGGGAUGAAGCCCAACACGGUGGUGAUGGGCUGGCCGCACGCCUGGAGGCAGAGCGAGGACCCCCAGGCCUGGAAGACCUUCAUCAACACAGUGCGGGUGACGACGGCGGCCCACCUGGCCCUCCUGGUGCCCAAAAACAUCUCCCUGUUCCCGAGCAACAGCGAGCCGUGCACAGAGGGCUACAUCGACGUGUGGUGGAUCGUCCACGACGGAGGAAUGCUCAUGCUGCUGCCCUUCCUGCUGCGCCAACACAAAGUGUGGAGAAAGUGUGGCAUGCGGAUCUUCACGGUGGCUCAGAUGGAGGAUAACUCAAUCCAGAUGAAGAAGGACCUGGCAACCUUCCUCUACCACCUCCGGAUCGAGGCGGAUGUGGAAGUGGUGGAGAUGCACAACAGUGACAUCAGUGCAUACACCUAUGAAAGGACGCUGAUGAUGGAGCAGAGGUCUCAGAUGCUCCGACAGAUGCGCCUCUCUAAAUCCGACCGGGAGAAAGAGGGAUAUCCUGGCAUCAGCAGCAGUAGGCCAGAGGCAGGUGGAGCUACGAGGUCUCAGGCCCAGCUGGUGAAAGACCGCAACUCCAUGCUGCGGCUGACGAGUAUCGGCUCGGACGACGACGACGACGUGGACGCCGCCGAGAGGGAGAAGCCGGUGAGCAGCGGCAGCAGCUCGGAGCACCACCGCAGAGUCCAGAUGACCUGGACCAAAGAGAAGUCGUCGCAGUACAGAGCGAUGCACUCUGGGUGCUCCACGCCCGAGGGCUUCAGAGACAUGCUCAGCAUGCGCCCGGAUCACUCCAACGUCAGGCGGAUGCACACGGCCGUCAAGCUCAACGAGGUCAUCGUCAAUAAAUCCCAUGAUGCUCGGCUGGUGCUGCUCAACAUGCCCGGACCCCCGAGGAACACAGAUGGAGACGAGAACUACAUGGAGUUCCUCGAGGUCCUGACUGAAGGUCUGGAGCGCGUCCUGUUGGUCAGAGGGGGAGGAAGUGAGGUCAUCACCAUCUACUCCUGAUGGGGACGGGAGACGGAGGGAAGCCAGCGUUAAAAAGAGGCGACCGGGGUCGUGCAGAAGAGAGCGUCGUGUGAGCUCUGGCGGGCGGGCGUGGGACAAAAAAAGAAAAAAAAAGAGACUGUUAGCAUCAGCCAUCACGCCCAACACCCCAUCCCCCCCCCCAUCCCCCCAAGCCCCCCCUCAGCCCCCUUUUCCUUUCAUCUCCACACUUCUCUGUCACGACGAGGGUUUCCAUUCCACUCACGACAACACAGACAUCGCCGACACGAUUCCAGGAACGAGCAAAAAAUUAAAGAGUGAACAGCUGUGUGUGUGUGUGUGUGUGUGUUGUGUGUGGAUUGAGUGUGUGUGUGUUGUCGUCUUUCUCUCCAUGAAGACACAAUCAUUCACUCCAACGCUACAGAAACAAACUGGAAAAAGAAAACGGCGCCGCAAAGGAAGUGAAGCCGCUCGACUUGAAAUCGUCUUUUUGAAAACAGACGAAAGGAAAACUCUCGUUUCUCGUUUUAAGUGCUCAUCACUAAAAAUGUUUCCUCUCUUACCUCCGAUUGUUUGAUCCACACACACGUUCAGGUAUGUGUGUUUUUCUCUGAACUCGUCUCCUGUGUGGACACGCCCACUUCUGCCAAGAAAGUUAAAAAAAAGAUUCAUGAAAAGUCAGUCAUGAUCAAAAAAGGGCACAUUUUUUUAUUUCUAGCUUUUAAUUUAAAAUAAUUUCAUCAUCAUGACUAUACAUUUUAAAUUAAUCAUUAAAAGAAGCAAA